AAUUAGUUGACGCUAUUGUGCCAGCUAAAAAAAGUGAAAAAAUGGCGGCAUGAUCACUGUGGCUUGGGAUUGAUAUUUGUAUAACAAACAAUUCAUCAAACGCGCAAUUUGGCUGUCAAGAAGAAUAUUUCUAAAAUUUCUAUCAAGAAUCUAGACAUUCUUUAUUCGAUAAGCAAUUGGUACAAAUUCAUUGCAUGAUAAAGCGCCUUUAGGAUAGGUGCUAAUAUAUAUGAAAUAUUAGGCGCUAAAAAUCUUGAACAGAAUAGAUUAAGAAAAAAUUGAAAAAAUUAAAUAAUUUUAUGGAGAAUACACACGAAAUUCUCUUAUAAUGAUAAAUUUGAUAUUUAACUAAUAUUGAUAUCGCUUUCGACGCUCGUAUGCGAAAAAUGUAAUCGACCUAACCUAACAAAGCGGUUCGUUCGCGUCCUAAACAUAACCAUUAAAACACAACGAAAAGAUUAUCUUGGAAACAGAAAUCGUAUGACAAUGACAUAUAAUCAUUGAUACCUCAAGUAAAGAGAAAAAAAGUGCAAAUACUCUCUUAUAAAUAAAAGAAGAAAAACAAAAUCCGAAAAGCUUAUGAAUAUCGGUAAAUCGGAUAUUUUGUAAGAUCGAAAUAAUAUAAUUUUCGAUUGAGAGAAGAUGGGUCGACGCAAGAGUAAACGAAAACCGCCUAGCAAGAAAAAGGCUAUUCAACCGUUGGAUACACAAUUUAAUUGUCCGUUUUGCAAUCACGAGAAGUCGUGCGAGGUUAAGAUGGAUAAGUCGAGGAGUACUGCCAGAAUAACUUGUAGGGUGUGCUUGGAAGACUUUCAAACAACAAUAAAUUUAUUAUCGGAACCUUUAGAUGUAUAUAAUGAUUGGAUUGAUGCUUGUGAAAAUGCAAAUUAAAGAUAGAAGAUUUAUACAUAUGUAUUAUAGGUGAUAAAGUUCUUGUCACAUUUUUAAGAUUUUUACUCACAUCUUUCAAAUAUAAGUUAUGUGUUUUAUAAAAAAAGAUAUAUAUUUUUUAACAUACUGCGCUAAAUGUGGCUUUGAUUGUAAAAUGAUGUUUAUUAUCAUAUAUUUUAAGUGUAUGCACAAUAUUGUUAUAAUAAAAGAUGGUCUUGAUCUUCUAUAUAUAAA